AUGAACUCCAACAAUCGGAAGCUCCACUUCACGCGCCGCGACGGCAGCUCCGACUCCGUCGUCGUCGGCUCGGUCUUAUUACCUCCGCCGUUUCCCGAAACGCCGCCGGAGAUGCUGCACUACCCGGAGGACCACCGCCAGACCAUCGAUUCCUCCAUGGCGCUGACGAUUCUGCUGCUGCUGACGGCCAUCUUCUUCGUGGGUUUGUUCUCCCUGUACAUCCGCAGAUUCUCCGGCGACGCCGCCGCCGCGGGGUCGGCGGCGGCGGAAGUCGGCAAUUACCACCGCCGCCGCGGGGUCGGCCAGAAGAAAGGGCUCGACCCGGAGGUGGUGAGGUCGCUGCCGGCGUACUGCUACAGGAAGGGCGGCGAGGGGAAGUAUGAUUUGGCGGAGUGCGCCAUUUGUCUCGGGGAGUUCGAGGAGGAGGCGGCCGUGAAGAUGAUACCGGUCUGCCAGCACGUGUUCCACGCGCAGUGCGUCGACGCGUGGCUGAACGCGCACGUGAACUGUCCCUUGUGCAGAGGCACCCAGUUUCUUGGAGUGGUGGUGGAAGGCGGCAACGGAGGAGGAGGAGGAGGAGGAAGCGGUGGUUCGACGAGGGUGGUGGAGGAGGUGGAGGGAAGAAGAUCGACGGUGGGAAGUGAGGACGCGUGGACGGUGGAGAUGGGUUUAGCUGGUGGGAGGCUAAGGAGGAUCUGUAGCUCUUCGAGUUUGGUCAGAAAGGGACAGGAGAGGAUUUCCUUACCCAGAACCUCAAGUCUCUGA